CACCGCCUCGGCUGGGAGGAUACUACCAUUCCGAUUAGGGCUGCCGUUGCCAACGAUGCAAUUCCUCGUUUUACGGAUGAACCCUGGGCACAGGCACUUUCUGAAUGCCGCGGACACCUCGAAGAGGCUGUACCACCCUCGUCUUCUCUGAUAAUUGGCGAUAAAAUUCAGUUGACAGCACCCGAAGGACCCAAGGUACCCGGUGAAGACCGGACGCAGGGCUUUAUGUUUACCCGAAGACAGGCUGGAGAGGAAGCCGAAACCAUGGGUUUCUCCUUCAGCCUUCGAUGAACUAAACUAAGCUGGACCCACACAACUCAGCCAACCAGCCCCUGCCUUCAGUGGGGGCUUCCUUGUCCCCAUCGCCCUCUCCAGCAAUGGCAGGCUUCAAGAGGGGCUAUGAUGGCAAGAUCGCUGGCCUGUAUGACCUUGACAAGACACUGGGCCGUGGCCACUUUGCUGUGGUCAAGCUGGCACGCCAUGUCUUCACUGGGGAGAAAGUGGCAGUGAAGGUGAUUGACAAGACUAAGCUGGACACUGUGGCCACAGGUCACCUCUUUCAGGAAGUCCGCUGCAUGAAACUGGUCCAACAUCCCAACAUUGUGCGCCUGUAUGAAGUGAUAGAUACACAGACCAAACUUUACCUCAUCUUGGAAUUAGGUGAUGGAGGGGAUAUGUUUGACUACAUCAUGAAACACGAGGAGGGUCUCAAUGAAGAGCUGGCUAAGAAGUAUUUUGCCCAGAUCGUCCAUGCUAUCUCCUACUGCCAUCGGCUGCAUGUGGUGCACAGGGACCUCAAGCCGGAAAAUGUGGUGUUCUUUGAGAAACAAGGGCUGGUGAAGCUCACUGACUUUGGAUUCAGUAACAAGUUUCAGCCGGGGAAAAAGCUGACAACCAGUUGUGGAUCCCUAGCAUACUCUGCACCAGAAAUACUGCUGGGUGAUGAGUAUGAUGCUCCAGCCGUAGAUAUCUGGAGCCUGGGUGUGAUCCUGUUCAUGUUGGUGUGUGGUCAGCCGCCUUUCCAGGAAGCUAACGACAGUGAGACCCUCACCAUGAUCAUGGACUGUAAAUACACUGUACCGGCCCACGUCUCCAGCGCCUGCAAAGAUCUGAUAGACCGUAUGCUUCAGAGGGACCCCAAGCGACGAGCAUCCCUGGACGAAAUCGAGCGCCACACCUGGCUGCAGGGGGUUGACCCAUCCCCAGCCACCAAAUACAACACUCCCCUGGUCUCCCACAAGAACCUGUCUGAAGAGGAACACAACAGCAUCAUCCAGCGCAUGGUGCUGGGAGACAUCGCCGACCGAGAAGCCAUAGUCGAAGCUCUGGAGACCAACAAAUACAACCACAUCACAGCCACGUACUACCUGCUGGCAGAGAGGAUCCUGAGGGAAAAACAGGAGAAGGAGGUCCAGACCCGCUCAUCCAGCCCCAGCAACAUCAAGGCACACUUCAGGCAGUCCUGGCCCACCAGGGUAGACAUGCACCAGGACAUCGAGGACAGCCUGGCAGCGUCCUCCAUCUCCCACGCUGGGGGCCCCCAGUCCCCGGCUCGCAGUGCUGAGAACCUGCUCAACGGACAUCGCUCCAAAGGCUUGAUGGAGCUGGGCCGACGAGAGGAGACAGUGACAGACUCUCCGGGACUGUCAGCGCAGGGAGCCUGUGCCUCCGCAUCAGGAUCUGCUCUUGGCUCUGGUUCUGGGACCGUCAGGGCCCCCAGUCCCUCCACCUCAGCAGCAGCCAAGCAGCGAACCUGCCUCUUCAGGGUGGAGGAGGAUGAGGAGGAAGAGGAAGAGCAGGACCCGUCUCCCCUCCCAACCCAGGUGAUCCUGCGCCGUAAGCCCCCCUCCGUCACCAACCGCCUCACCUCCAGGAAGAGUGCCCCGGUGCUCAACCAGAUCUUCGAGGAGGAAGGGGAGUCCGACGACGACUUCGACAUGGACGAGGGUUUGCCGCCCAAACUCAGCCGUCUCAAGAUGAACAUGGCCGGAAACACCACCAACCUGAGCUCCGGUGCCGGCUCCUCCUCGUCCCCCGGGUCCACGCAGAAGCGCUACCACCGACGUAAGAGCCAGGGGAGGGGGUCGUCGUGUUCCAGCUCUGAGACGAGCGACGACGACUCAGAGAGCCACCGGAGACGUCUGGAUAAAGACUCAGGCUUUGGUUACAGCUGGAACAGAAGGGACAGCAGCGAGGGGCCGCCCGGCAGCUCGGGGGGGAACGGGGGAGGCAGCAGCUCAGGGCAGGGGAAGCCUCCCGGAGAGGGAGGGGGCACCUCCGGUCCAGACCGGGGGAGUCCUCCUGGAGGGGGUGGGAACGGAGGUGGAGGGGGUGGCGGAGGAGGGAGUGGGGGAGGAGGAGGAGGGGGCAAUAAAGGACAGGACAGCCCCUCCAGUUGUUGUAACAACAGUAGCACCAACAACCCCUCCCUCAGCUCUCUGUCCCGGUCGUCCCGCACAGCGAGCCGCAGCGCCGAGCUGGUGGAGAGUCUGAAGCUGAUGAGUCUGUGCCUCAGCUCCCAGCUGCAGCACCACCGCGGGGGGAGAGGGGGUCGAGGGGGGGGAGGCGGAGGAGGGGGGAAGUUCAUCAUAGACCCUCACAGUCUCUCAGGAGGGAGCGUGAAAAUCCAGGAGAAAUCAGCCUGGAGAAUGUGCAUCGGCUCCACCGGGAGCCUGGACACCAUCACCCUGCCCACCACUGCCGCCCUGCCUCGCGCCCACUCCGCCCAGCACCACCACCGCAAAACGGCGCCGUACGACCCCCACGGCCUGCAGGCGGGGCCCGGAGACAGGAACACUCAGAGCAAUCUGAGCACUUUGAAAAACGGCGUGCUUCAACUACCUCUGUGUGAGAAGACCAUCUCUGUUAACAUCCAGCGGGGCGGGGGCUCCAGGGAUGGCCUGCUCUGUACCUCAGCUCCAGCCAGCUGCUGCCAGGUCAUCUGAUGCUCUGACCCUCAGCUGAAAACUAACCUCCUCCCUCGCUCAGCACCUCUGUCACAGCCCCUCCUCUUUUCUGACCUCUUCAUUUCCCUCCGAUCAGUAAUGGAACACACUACUCCACCUGUUAACGCUGUCGUCUUGUGUUUAGCUGUAGCAGAUAGCUGACCUCGCCCCGCUAUCAACACACCUGCCCUCUGCUCUGCUCUCUCAGCUCUGCAUCGCUCCACUUCUCCUCACUCGCCCUCUGUUUUCUUUGUUCCGUGCUCUGCUUCACGUUGUUACGUCUGAGGUUCAUGUUAAGAGCUGUUUUUAACAUUUGUCCACUUUUUCAUUUUAUCCAUGUUUUACGUCCCAGCUGCUCCUCAGUUUAGUGGAACAAAUAUUUUUUACAUUGUUAAUAAGAAUAUGCUGGUUUUAGAACAUCUAAUUGUGGAGGGUUUGAUUUGAUGGAAGCGCAGUGGUAAAGGUCCAGUACUGGGGCCACGGGGAAGGGAAGAAAAAAAAACAGCUUAGAGUUAAAAUGAGGAUUCAUUUUUAGUUUAGUUAGUUUAGUUUUACCCCUAAAAAACCUGACAUUUACUAAGAUAUUAGUAAUGUUUCAAAGUGAAGUCAUGUGCAAUAAAAGUCAUAAUAUUUUUUCAAAUAAAAUAAAAGUUAUAACUUCAAAGUCACAUUUCAAGAGUAAAAAAAUUCUCACAGUCCUGAUGAGAUUUUUGGUCUAAAAUUACAGCUAAUUCUCAUGAUAUUAUGACCUGUUUUUUUAAAGAUACAAUAUCUCAGUAUUUUAAAGCUCCAAGUUCUGGAACAUGAACAUGAGACUCAAAAACAGUCCAUCCAUAAAAUCACUCAUUUGUAAAGGACAGGACAGCCUCGAACCUUCUUGUAGUUGAGUUGAACCACUUUUAAUCCUGACUUGUUUCCUUUAAAGUUCUUGAUUUAAUUCUUGUAUUAGUGACUUAAUAUUAACUUAAUUCUCAUCAGAUUACACCUUCUUCCUCAAAGUGUCUGAUUUUUUUCCCCCUCCUAACGAUGAUCCUAAUAUUCUGCUGGACCUGGACGUGGUGUACUGUAGCUUAAAGAACAAGCACUUCAGAAGAACUGUUGGAAUAGUUGCACUGUAGCAGGCAGCUGUGAGUUGGUCUGUUCACAUGUUCCUCCUCCUAACACUCCUUCCUUCACCUCUAACCUUCAGCCUCUCUGAGCGUCAGCUAGCAGAGAUCAGUGAUCAGACAACAGCUGGAUUCAGGUUUCUGUGACCACUUCUGUCUGUGAAGGGAAGAGGAAAGGUUUUAAUUUGAGUGACCUCUGACUCCAGUCUGGACUCCAUAUUGCACUCAGACAAUCUGUUUUAUGUGUUUUGUUUUUUAGUACUUUUACAAAGAUGAAUUUAGCUCCAUUCAUUCAUAUUACUGGCCACAAGCCAUUGGUCACAACCCUUUACAUUUGGACAGGUGUCUCUUUCCAGAGACUGCACUGCUGAAAUUGGAAAAACGAGAGGAAGAGUUGAUCAGAUUGUGUGCACUCCUCUGUGGCAGCAGACAGGUGAUUAUAUUGAUACUGUAGCAACAACGCUCAUCUCCACCUAGUUUGGAAAUGUUACUGCUGUCCAUAUAUUUAAAUAUGAGGUAUUAUUUUUGUAUCGAUGACAAUGCGUUGCUGUAGUUGCUGAUAGAGAAUAUUUGUCGUGUCUGACUCUGUGGAAACACAAACACACUACGAAUAUCCAAGUAGUUUGUUCUGAUUUGACCUCUGCUUCUUUUAGCUCCACCUGAACUCACAUGUCACCCAAAGCUUACUGCACAUAUGGGUGCAGUGUGUCGACUCGUGUUGAGUAUGUAUAUACAGUAUGUUGAAAAGUAAAGUUUAUUUUUAAAACCUGUACAUUUUUUUUUUUAGCGAUCUGCUGUUUUAAAAUGUUGGCGGAGGUUUGUGUGAGUUCUCAUUGGUUAAAAUAAGCGUGUGUGUACACCAGGUAAAAUCAGUAGGAGCUCACCUGCGCUCAUGACUCACAGCUUUAAAGGAGCUGGCCAAGAGAUGAACAAAUGAAAGAGAGGAAAGGGGAAAUGGGGAGAUUCUUUAAGGGCAUUGGCAAUAAGCUAUCCUGUGUGUUGCAGCUAUCUGUACAGAAACCUUUUCAUUAGUUUCAUUUUUUUUUAAUCCAAACUGGUGCAGCCUAACAACGGCCACGGUGGACUGAAAAGAAACAAAAAAUGGAAAGCUGUGUUUUGAAUAUUUUUUCUCUCCUUGGUUCUUGUCUGAGUUUUCUUUUUGAAAAUCAAAUGUAAAUAGAGUUGUAAAUAUGGUGCUCUUUCUCUUUAACUAGAACAGCAGAGUGAACCUUUUGGUGCAUAGCUGUACAGUAAUCUAGCCUUAUGAUAAUUAGUAAUACUGUAUGGGUGUCUCAGCUAAAAAAUAAAAGCCGUGUGAGAAAAUGACAUGAUUCUAUUCAUACUGUCAGGUCUCUUUGACUGUUGUCUUACUCAGCUGUAUCCAGGUGAAUGACGUGCAUGUGUUUCAAUGUUUGACAUUCAGUGACACUGAGAGAGAAUCAGCUGCAGAAAUGUUACUGGACCAAAAAGCAACAGAAGAAAAAGAAAAAAAAGUUGAGUUGGAACUGACAAGAAUAUUCAGUGUAUUAUUCUGUAGUUGAUACCUGUUGUCAGACGUUACAUAUAGCUAUGGUAAUAUCCAAAAAUAAAAUGUGGAAUACUGUCUCA